CUCUGACUGCCACCACGAGCUGCUGUGGCCACUGCCUCUCUCUGCAGGAGCAGCGCCUCACAAAGCCAGAACGAUGUGUAACCGAUUUGUGGGAACCUGGAAACUCAUCUCCAGUGAAAAUUUUGAUGACUAUAUGAAAGAAUUGGGAGUGGGCUUAGCUGCCCGGAAACUAGGUGGCCUGGCAAGGCCUGAUGUGAUCAUCAGUAUGAAAGGGGACAUAGUGACCAUCAGAACUGAAAGCACCUUUAAAAAUACAGCCAUCUCCUUCAAACUGGGCCAGCAGUUUGAUGAAACAACAGCAGAUGACCGGAAAGUCAAGAGUGUUGUAACCUUGGAGAAAGGGUCAUUGGUGCAAGUGCAGAAGUGGAAUGGCAAAGAGACCACGAUAAAGAGAAGACUUGUUGAUGGGAAGAUGGUGGUGGAAUAUGCCAUGAAAGGGGUUGUCUGCACCAGAGUUUAUGAAAGAGUGUGAAGAAGUUCCCUCUCUGCACCGAACCAGAAUUGGCUCUAAAACAUCAUCUUAGUUCAGUGACCAAAGCCUCAUGCACUGUGCUUCUUUAUUUUAUUUUAUU